AUUCGCCCGAUUUGUCCUGUCGUCUGCUAUUCACUUUGCAUAUAAAUCCCAAGUUUGAGUUGAAGACUACAUUCUUUUUAACCAUUUAGGACCGAAAAGGUGGGUUGUUUUUACUUUCUACUCUAUUUUUAGCAUCAACGCGAAGCAGCUGUGUGGGUGAGAGCCGUCGAAUGCCCGUGGGCGAGGUCGUAAUUGGUUUGUUUUGAUUUCCCUUCACGCCACAGAGCAUUGGAUAAUCUGCCUGGCUUAUCAUUAUGGCCAUUUUCUUCGCUUUUAUGGAUACGACCCAAUAAACUUCCGGGUCUCCAAAUUCUCGCAGGAGCAAAUUAUACGCAUCAACUACUUACCACCAGGAGCGAGCGCCCGCCGUGCGCCAGCCGCCGCCAUGGGGGAGGACCUGCCUGAAGAGGAAGGCAUGACGGCUUUGGACCGCUACAAAUUCUCGUGCAGCUACCCGCAGUUUUUACCGGGAAUGGCGUGCCAUGGCUCCGGCGAUGAUCCCGAGGUCCGCGUGCUCAAACUUCACGACAACGACCACCAGGACACCACCCUCUACCGGCUGACCAAAGGUUUUGUACUCCACUUUCGCCUGGGGCCGUCGCUGUUUGGGCGCAUCGUAUCCGUGUACAGCAACCACCCGGCGUCAGCCGACGAGGAGUUUUGCCGCGACAAGUACCGCCUGCUGCCCUGGCAGUCGGACAGCAAGAUCAUCGACGACACGAGCAUCUUCGUCGAGAUCCCUAUCGUGCGCGCCGGCUCGUUCCGCUACUAUUUCACACACUCGGAAGGUCAGGACCCGAACCCGCGCGGCUCCGGCUACUUUGUCGUGGACCCGACGCUGUCGCGCGGCACGAACAAUGAGGUGAUCGGCAUGGACUGCCUGGUCAGCCAGACGGUGCUGGCCAAGUGUCUGGGCCCGCUGGACCAGUGGGAGCGCCGGCUGGAGGUGGCCAGGAACACCGGCUACAACAUGGUCCACUUCACGCCCGUCCAGGAGCUGGGCGCUUCCAACUCGGCCUACUCGCUGUCGAACCAGCUGCGGCUGAACCCGGCCUUCCAGAACUCUGACGGGUCGCCGGCCACCAUCGAGGACCUGGCCCGGCUCAUCAAAAAGAUGCGCGAUGAGUGGAAGGUUCUGAGCGUGUGCGACAUCGUACUGAACCACUCUGCCAACGAGUCGCCGUGGCUGCAGGAGCACCCGGAGUGCGGCUACAACCUGGUGAACUCGCCGCACCUGCGGCCGGCCUACCUGCUGGACCGACUCAUCGACCACCUGUCCAGGGACAUGCUGGCCGGCCGGUGGCGCGACCGAGGCCUCGGAGAGGAUGUGACAGAGGAGGGGCACCUGGCGAUCAUCCGCGACCUGAUGCACGGCGAGUACCUGCCGCGCGUGCGUCUGCACGAGUUCUACCAGUGCGACCCGGCCGUGCUGUGCGACCAGUUCGGCACGCUGUGCGCCGAGGCCGGCGCCGCCGAGUGGACCGACCAGCGACCCUGCUCGGCCGGACAGCUGCGCCUCAUGCCGGACCCCCGCGGAGUCCGCUUCGGACGCAAAGUCGACCUCCAGCUGGCCAAGAGGAUCUUCUACAAGGAUGGCGCCGGUCUGGACCACGCCAAGGACCAGCUGCGCCGCCGGCUGAUGGAGCUCAACGAGCAGGCGGCCGGCGUGGUGCAGGGACACCUGGGGGCCGCCGUCGAGAACAUCAUCUCGGGCGUGCGCUACGAGCGACUGGCCGACCACGGGCCCAAGCUGCGCGGCCUCACCUGGAAGACGCCGCUGGCUGCGCCUUACUUCACGACACUGGACGGCUCCAAGAGUCUGGAGGUGCAGCGCUCACUGGAGCAGGAGGAAGCCAUCGCGUUCGGACCGGACGCGUGUCACCUGAUGGCGCACAACGGCUGGGUGAUGGGUGACGACCCGCUGAGCGACUUUGCCCGGCCCGGCUGUGACGUCUACCUGCGCCGAGAGCUGAUCGCCUGGGGAGACUGCAUCAAACUGAGGUACGGUAACCGUCCGGACGACUGUCCGUUCCUGUGGCAGCACAUGCGCCGCUACUGCGAACAGGUGGCGCGCGUGUUCCACGGAGUGCGACUCGACAACUGCCACUCGACACCCAUCCACGUGGCUGAGUACAUGCUGGACGCGGCCCGCAAGAUCCGUCCCGACCUGUACUUGGUGGCCGAGCUGUUCACCAACAACGACCGCACGGACAACCUGUUCGUCAACCGGCUCGGCAUCAACUCGCUCAUCAGAGAGGCCAUGUCGGCGGGCAAUUCGCACGAGCUGGGCCGUCUGGUGUACCUGUACGGCGGCGAGCCGGUCGGCUCCUUCCUCAAGCCGCACAUCCGUCCGCUGGCGCCGGCCCGGUCGCACGCCAUCUUCAUGGAUCUGACGCACGACAACCCGUGUCCGGUGACGACCCGCUCGCCGCUGGACGCGCUGCCCAGCGCCGCGCUCGUCUACAUGGCCUGCUGCGCGGCCGGCAGCAACCGCGGAUAUGACGAGCUGGUGCCGCACCAUAUAAACGUGGUGUCUGAGACGCGGCUGUACAACUCGUGGGGCGGCGGCGGCUCGGGCCAGGUGGACGUCGACUCGGGUGUCAUCCGCGGCAAACAGGUGCUCAGCAAGCUCCACUACGAGAUGGGCAGGAUGGGAUUCACGCAGGUGUACGUGGACCAGGUGACGCCCGACAUAGUGACCAUCACGCGCCACAACCCGGUCAACCACCAGUCGUACGUGCUGUGCGCGCACACGGCGUUCGGUCAGCCGCAGAAUUUGUGGACGCCCGACGGCAUCAAGGCGCUGCGCAUCCAGGGCACGGUGGCUGAGGUGGUGUUCGAGGCCAGAGUCGUGCCCAGAGACGGACGGCCGCUGCACUUGGAGGACAUUGAGCGCUCGGGCACCUACAUCAACGGAGUUAACCAGUACCGGGUCGACAUCCGGGAGAACUUUGAGAUCGAGAAGUCGAGCAUGCUGACACACCGGAUCGAGAACGACUACACGGUCAUGGACUACACCGACUUCCCGCCCGGAUCCGUGUUCGCACUCCGGAUCGCGCCGUGCCCGGUGGCCGUCGGAGCCGUGGAGAAGCUGCGCUGUAUCGUCUACGAGCUCACGCGCUUCAGCGCCAGCACUGACGUCGAGCACAUCAUCAGCCGACUGACGCUGGCCGACAUGAACCGCAUCAUCUACCGCUGCGACCAGGAGGAGCGCGACGAGGGCCGCGGCUGGGCCGCCUACGACGUGCCCAACUUCGGCCCGCUCGUCUACUCGGGCCUGCAGAGCGUGAUGUCGCUGAUGGCCGAUAUCCGUGUGAAGAACGACCUGGGCCACCCUCUGUGUGAGAACCUGCGCCAGGGUAACUGGCUCAUGGACUGUGUGGUCGGCCGGCUGCGGCUCGAGCCCAACACCAUGGAGCUCGCCAACUGGCUGGAUGACACGUUCCAAUACAUCAAGCAGAUCCCGCGCUACCUGGUGCCGGCCUACUUUGACGCCACCGUUCUGGGUGUGUACGUGCACCUGCUCAACAGCACGUGGAGGCAGAUGGCCAGGUUCGUGCGCGAGGGCUCCGAGUUCACGAAGGACUUGGCGAUGGGCUCGAUCCAGAUGGGCGGCCUGGUGCACUCGUCUCCGCUACCGGAGAUCUCGGCCAACCUGGCACCGCCGCGGCCCGCCUCCUGGACCCGGCCAGACGGAAAACAGGGACAGGCGUGUGUGAGCCUGUGCGCCGGUCUGCCGCACUUCUCCACCGGCUAUAUGCGCAACUGGGGCCGGGACACGUUCAUCGCUCUGCGCGGCCUGUUCAUCAUCACGGGCCGCCACGUGGAGGCGCGCUACAUCAUCCUGGCGUACGCCGGCUGUCUGCGCCACGGCCUCAUCCCCAACCUACUGGACGGCGGCAAGAACUCGCGCUUCAACUGCCGCGACGCCGUCUGGUGGUGGCUCUACUGCAUCCAGGAGUAUGUGCGUCUGGUGCCGGGCGGCGUCAGCAUCCUGCAGGACAAGGUGUCCCGGCUGUUCCCCACUGACGACUCGCCGCCGCUUGAGACUGGCGAGGUGGAACAUCCGCUCCAUGACGUCAUCCAGGAGGCGCUGCAGCGCCACUUUGAGGGCCUCAGCUUCCGCGAGCGUAACGCCGGCUUCCAGAUCGACCGUGACAUGUCUGACCAGGGCUUCAACAACCAGAUCGGCGUCAACAUGGAGACCGGUUUCGUGUUCGGCGGUAACGUGCACAACUGCGGCACCUGGAUGGACAAGAUGGGCUCCAGCGAGCACGCCGGCAACAAGGGCAAGCCGGCCACGCCGCGCGACGGUAGCGCCGUGGAGCUGGUCGGCCUGUCCCGAGCCACCGUCGGCUGGCUGGCCAAGCUGCACAAGGGCGGCAAGUACCCGUACGAGGGAGUCACCAAGACCGACGAACAGGGCACGUACGUUGGCUGGAAAUGGGAGGAAUGGGCCGAGCGGAUCGACAAAAACUUUGAGAAGCUGUUUUACAUCCACCACGUGCCGCACCCGGAGUUUGAGCCGGUGCCGGAGCUGAUCAACGUGCGCGGCAUGUACAAGGACUCGCACUGCGCCUCGCAGUUCUGGGCCGACUACCAGCUGCGCUGCAACUUCCCCAUCGCCAUGGUGGCCGCGCCGGAGAUGUUUAACCCGCACCACGUGUGGACGGCGCUGGAGACGGCCGACCGACUGCUGGUCGGUCCGCUCGGCAUGAGGACGCUGGCAGAGUGCGACUGGGCCUACGACGGCGUCUACAACGUCGACGACGAUGGCACCGACCCCAAGAAGGCGCACGGCUUCAGCUACCACAACGGACCGGAGUGGGUGUGGCCGAUGGGCUUCUACCUGCGCGCGCGACUCCACUUUGCGCCCAUCAUCGGCGGCCCGGCGCUGCUGCAGGCCACCAUCAGCAAGGUCAAACACAUCAUCUCCAAACACUAUGUCCAGCUGUCCGACUCUGUGUGGCGCAGUCUGCCGGAGCUCACCAACGCCAACGGAGAGUACUGCAGGUUCAGCUGCCAGGCGCAGGCCUGGAGCAUGGGCUGCAUCCUCGAGGUGCUGUACGACAUCAAACAGCUGGAGGAGCAGUACAAGGGCAAGGUGCAGGUGCUGCCGCCGGCCACGGUGGCCGAGUGAGGACGCGCCCCACGUCCCGGCGCCGGCGGCCGGCCGCCGCCGUCCCCCUGCCGCCGCGUCCCGCACCUAGGCUUCACGCUCGGCGCCGCCGCCACGCUGGCGCUGGCCCUGCUCACCUUCUUCCUUCUGAUAGCCUGACUGGCCGCGGACGGCGCCGCUCGCGCCGCCCCGGCGGGCGACGGUCAACCCGCCGCCCGCCGGCGUAGUCGCUUGCUGUCCGACUGUGCUCUGUCCGAUCGACUCACCGGUCGGACUCUAGAUCUGUAUGCUGGUCGGGACUCGGCCCGAGGCUGCGGCUGCCCUGAGGGUCGGCUGUGGCCCGGGCUGUGUCUCGGCGACUGGACACGAUGUGUCGCUGGUUUACUCUGCUGUUAGAGCGCCGUGUAGUGGAUGAUGAUCUGAUGUCAAUCUCGCUUCUCUCGUCUGUCGUCUGGCUCCCCCUGUGACGCGAUGUGGUCUGUGCCGGGACGUGGGGAAGAUGUGUGUGGAGUGACACCACGACUGCGGAACACAGCGGUCCGGUGUCGGAGAGAGAGAGCCCAGCGGAGGGUGCCGAGUGAGUUUUGUAGCCGAGAACGGUGGUGGUGUCUGCUGUUGACGCGAAGUGUUGCACAGAAUGACGUUUGCACCGGAACGGGGGAACGACCGAUCGCCGCGUCCGAUACAAGUAUUCUUUCGACUUCUCCCCUCCCAUUUUAUCUCAGGUGCCGAUACUCCGUCAAUCUGCCGAACUCUAGUCCGUAUUGCUAUCUAGGGUAGUGCAAUAAUUGUUGCCAGUGAGACGCUUGUUAUGGUUUAACCCCCACAGAACUCAGAUCGUGCGGUGCACAGAGCACUUGUUGACUGCCUAUGAAUGUUUUAUAUAGAUCGGCUUUUGUGCAGCCUUUUAUAGCAACGACCGAUGGACUGUUCAUUUACGACGAAUAUAAAUUGUUGACGUGAU